AUGUCGUCGAAAACGCUGCACAACGAGCAUAUCAAGCGUCCGAUGAACGCGUUUAUGGUGUGGUCACGCGGGCAGCGACGGAAAAUGGCUCAGGAGAACCCGAAGAUGCAUAAUUCCGAGAUUUCGAAGAGGCUUGGCGCCGAAUGGAAGCUGCUCAGCGAAAGUGAGAAGCGACCUUUCAUCGACGAGGCUAAAAGAUUAAGAGCUCUCCACAUGAAGGAGCACCCAGACUACAAGUACCGUCCCCGCAGGAAGCCGAAAUCCUUGGUAAAGAAGGAGAACAAAUUCGGCUUCUCGAUAUCGCCCCUGAUGUCCUCGGGUGAAACUCUAGGCAACAUAUCGAGAAGUCUUUUGCCACCUCUGGCGCCGCCCUCGCACCAUCCGCUGAUGAGCCACGAGGAUCUCAAGAUACCCCGUUUUUUCCCGCCAUUUCCAUAUCCUUUGUAUCCCAUCCAGCACAAACUGGGAGAAGACUUCAACGGCGGCAAACUGGCCGCAGAUCUGGCUCUCCAGGCUCUCUACGGUGGCAGCACCUUCUAUUCCAGCCAUCAGACCAUGUCCUGGCCUGGUCUGUCAACGGCGACCUGUCUCCAGCCUAACUGCGGCUGUCCGAGUCCACCCAAAGACCCAAAGAGGCCGUAUUUGCCUACUAAACUGGAGGAACGACCGUUUCCCAGUCCAGGAAAGCCAGAGGACGAUGGAUUUCCGUCAGACAGAGACUCCAGUAGGGAUGAUCCUCGAUACAGGAAGCUCGAGGAUGACGCGUUCUCGUCGUCGAUGGACAGGCAUCAGGAAGACAGGUCUCAGGACCGAUUUUCGUCGUCUUCUUCUUCUUCGCCCACUGAACAGACGGAGAAGAUGGUCGGUACCGUGCCAACGACGACGUCAAUAUCGACGACGAAGGUGGAGAGCGCGUUUUCGGUUCAGAAUCUGACGUCUUCCAGCUCGAACUUGGGCAGCCAUCGUGGCCAUGUCAUAUGA